CAUUGGCUUCUUUCCCUGCCACUCGAAAUGAGUAAACUACAUUUCCCAGCGUGCCCGGUCGUGGCGCUCUGCUUCCGGCCGACGUGUCUGUCAGGAAGAGGAGCCGGCGAGACCGUAGCGACAUGGCGCCUCCGGCCCCCGGCCCGGCGUCCGGCGGCUCCGGGGAAGUGGAUGAGCUCUUCGACGUGAAGAACGCCUUUUACAUCGGCAGCUACCAGCAGUGCAUCAACGAGGCGCAGCGGGUGAAGCUGUCGAGCCCAGAGAGAGACGUGGAAAGGGACGUCUUCCUGUACAGAGCGUACCUGGCACAGAGGAAGUACGGUGUGGUGCUGGAUGAGAUCAAGCCCUCCUCGGCCCCCGAGCUCCAGGCCGUGCGCUUGUUCGCCGAGUACCUCGCCCACGAGAGCCGCAGGGAUGCCAUCGUGGCCGAGCUGGACCGCGAGAUGAGCAAGAGCGUGGACGUGACCAACACCACCUUCCUGCUCAUGGCCGCCUCGGUCUACCUCCACGACCAGAACCCGGACGCCGCCCUGCGGGCCCUGCACCAGGGGGACAGCCUGGAGUGCUCGGCCAUGACGGUGCAGAUCCUGCUGAAGCUGGACCGCCUGGACCUGGCCCGGAAGGAGCUGAAGAGGAUGCAGGACCAGGACGAGGACGCCACCCUCACCCAGCUUGCCACCGCCUGGGUCAACCUGGCCGUGGUGAGCCCCAGGGCUGGGCAGCAGGCAGGGUCAUCGGUCCCCGGCCCAGCGGGGUCUGUGGGCAAACCCCUCUGUGUGCCUUGGCCACCAGCCACUCUGUGGGGACCUCGCUCCAGUGGGAGGCCAGGGACCACCCUCUGCACCGCUGGCAGCGGCUCCGGCUUCCCUCAGCCAGGCCUCUGCUUGCGCUUUCCGUAGCCGAGCGACUCGGCC